AUGUCAUCCUCAUCUUUACAUUGGUUAUCUAAAUUAAACGUUGAAGAAACUCCUCAUAAACAUUUACGUAGAACUUCAAUUAUUGGUACCAUUGGUCCAAAAACCAACAAUGUCGACACUUUGGUCAAAUUACGUAAGGCUGGUUUAAACAUUGUUAGAAUGAACUUCUCCCAUGGUUCUUAUGAAUAUCAUCAAUCUGUUGUUGACAAUGCUAAGAAAUCUGAACAAGUAUACAAGGGUAGACCAUUGGCAAUUGCUUUAGAUACUAAAGGUCCAGAAAUUAGAACUGGUACUACUGUUGAUGAAAAGGAUUACCCAAUUCCUCCAAACCAUGAAAUGAUUUUCACUACUGAUGACGCUUACAAGACCAAAUGUGAUGAUAAGAUCAUGUACAUGGAUUAUAAAAACAUUACCAAAGUUAUUGAAGUUGGUAGAAUCAUAUAUGUUGAUGAUGGUGUCUUAUCUUUCGAGGUUUUAGAAAUUGUCGAUGAACAAACUUUAAAAGUCAAAUCUAUUAAUGCUGGUAAGGUUUGUUCCCAUAAAGGUGUCAAUUUGCCUGGUACUGACGUCGAUUUACCAGCUCUUUCUGAGAAAGAUAAAGCUGAUAUUAAAUUCGGGGUCAAGAACGGUGUUCAUAUGAUUUUUGCUUCUUUUAUUAGAACCGCUAAUGAUAUUCUUGAAAUUAGAAAAGUUUUAGGUGAAGAAGGUAAAGAUAUUCAAAUCAUUGCCAAGAUUGAAAAUCAACAAGGUGUUAACAACUUCGAUGAAAUCUUAGAAGUUACUGAUGGUGUUAUGGUCGCUCGUGGUGAUUUAGGUAUUGAAAUCCCAGCUCCACAAGUCUUUGUUGUUCAAAAACAACUUAUUGCUAAAUGUAACUUAGCUGCCAAACCAGUCAUUUGUGCCACUCAAAUGUUAGAAUCUAUGACUUAUAACCCAAGACCAACCCGUGCUGAAGUUUCAGAUGUCGGUAAUGCCAUCUUAGAUGGUGCUGAUUGUGUCAUGUUAUCUGGUGAAACCGCCAAGGGUGAUUAUCCUUUCGAAGCUGUCUCAAUGAUGCACAACACUGCUUUAAUUGCUGAAAAGGCAAUUGCUUAUCCACAACUCUUUAAUGAAUUACGUUCCCUUGCCAAGAAACCAACCCCAACCACUGAAACCUGUGCCGUUGCUGCUGUCAGUGCUUCUUAUGAACAAGAUGCUAAGGCUAUUGUUGUCUUAUCUACUACUGGUUUAAGUGCUAGAUUAGUAUCUAAAUAUAAACCAGAUGUUCCAAUUUUAAUGGUUACUAGAAAUGAAAGAGCUGCUAAAUUCUCCCAUUUAUAUAGGGGUGUUUAUCCAUUCGUAUAUGAUCAACCAACUAUUGAAAACUGGCAAGAAAGUGUUGAAAAUAGAUUAAGAUGGGCUGUAAAUGAAGCUGUUGAAUUGGGUAUUAUUAAUAAGGGUGAUGCUAUUGUUACUGUCCAAGGUUGGACUAGAGGUGCUGGUCAUUCUAACACUGUUAGAAUUGUUAUGGCUUAG